CAACGAAACAGAGAAGAAUAUGAGUCAUUAAAUAAAUGGAAUUAAAAAAAUACACCUAGCAGUGUUAAUUUGGUUUUGUGUUAUUUAAUAGAUAAAUAAAACACACAAAAUGUUUGUCUUCAAGUAUAUGGCAGGACUGAUGGAUACGGUCACACAAGAUGAACAUGCGUUGCAGCCUUACCCAGGUGGACGUCGAGUGGCCCACGUCCACCGGCGCAUCCAACAACCACAUCGAGAACCGAAGUACGAGGACGAAGAAGCACUACAACAAACCGAAACGCAAGAAAAAGAGCAAGAUAUCUUGGAUGACGAAGAGGAUAUAGUCUCUUAUGACAUCUACGAAGAGGAGGAAGAUUACGAUCCUCAUAAACAUCGAAACGUGGAGAAACCUACAAGUUACUUAGAUACUAUGGUGCAUAUGAUUAAGGGCAGUUGUGGCGCAGGAGUCCUUGCCAUGCCGGAGGCAGUGAAACGAGUAGGAAUCGUUACCAGCAUACUUUCCUUAAUGUUUAUCGGAUUUUUUGCUGCCUAUUGUAUGCAAUUAUUGAUAAAUACCCAAUACCGAUUGUGUAAACGCCAUCGGCAAGGAUACAUGGCUUACCCAGCGUCAAUGAAGCAGUCUCUGCUAGAAGGACCCAUUAAAACUCGAUGGAUAGCACCAAUCGUAUAUUAUUUUGUAGAUGGAGUACUGAUUUUGUGGCAAUUGGGAAUAUGCACUGUAUAUUUUAUUUUCGUAGCUGAAAACAUAAAACAGAUUAUGGACUUCUACAGUAUUGAGAUGACGCUACGUGUUCACUUGACUAAUGUACUGAUUCCUGCCAUACUUAUAAAUCUAGUGAAGGAUCUAAAAUUGAUGACGCCGCUAUCAGGCAUAUCUAAUUUGGCUACGAUGUUGGGGCUCAUCCUAGUGUUUUACUAUUUACUCGAAGAUGACUUAGAUUUUCACACGGAUAUGAUGUAUCUGAAAAAUUUUGUUGACUUUCCUAUAUUUAUUGGCACCGCGCUUUUUGCACUUGAAGCUGUUGGAGUAGUAUUGGCGUUAGAAUACAAUAUGGAAAACCCUAAACAAUUUGUCGGCAUUUGUGGCCUUUUUAAUAUUGGUAUAGCUGUGAUUCUACUAUUAUACCUAAUAGUAGGCUUAUUUGGUUAUAUUAAGUAUGGGUCCGCUAUCAAAGCUUCUCUGACGUUAAACUUGCCACAUGAACAAAAGAAAGCGCAAUCAGCUAAAGGUAUAUUUGCUGUAGCGAUCUUUUUAUCGAUACCUCUCCAAAAUUUUGUUGCGUACGAAAUCUUGUGGAGGAAAUUCAAUCAUAAAAUAUCGGGGAAAAAACGAUGUUUAGCAGAUUAUGCUCUACGAGUCGUACUUGUCAUAAUUCCAUAUCUCGCAGCUAUAGCAAUUCCCCGCUUGGGCCCUUUUAUCUCUUUGAUGGGAGCAUUUUGUCUGUCUCUACUGGCUGUCGUAUUCCCAGCUAUAAUGGAUGUGUGCGUAUGCUACGGUGAACCAAAACGUUACGGCCGGGCGAACAUAAAACUAAUACGCGAUAUGAUUUUAUUGGUAAUUGGGUUAUUUUGUAUGUGCUCCGGGGUCUACACAAGUAUUAUAGAAAUCGUAACUGGAGAUGAAAAUACCCAUCCGAAACCAGAUAAUAACUCUAUGCUAUUUUAAAAAUUUCAACUUA